AUGCAAAUCUUCGUGAAGGCCCUGUCGGGGCGGACGAUCACGCUCGAGGUGGAGAGCGGCGACACGGUAGAGACUGUGAAGCAGAAGGUGCACGACAAGGAGGGCGUGCCCAAGGAGCUCCAGCGCCUCAUCUGCGCUGGCAAGCAGCUCGAGGACGGCAGGUCAUUGGCCGACUACAACAUCCAGAAGGAAUCGUGCCUGCAGCUCUUCGUCCGCAUCUCCCUCUACGUCGAGAAAAUCACCUUCUUCGUCAAAAAUUUGGGCGUACUCGGCGGCGAUGCGACGAAUCCCUCGGCAGCGGUGGCAGUGGAUGGAUUGGGCGCCCACGCGCUUAUCCAUUCGCCGACCGGAGGCGAAUUGUGUGCGGCGGCCCUGAAGGAUCCCCGCGGCACGAGAGGCGCCCCCGCAUGCGGCCAUCUGCACCAUCAACACCAUCAGCACCUCACGCAACUUCAGCAACAGCAGCUUCAGCAGUACCAUCCGCAUUACCAACAGCAGUAUGCCCAGCAGCAGCUUCCACUCGAAGUCGCGCUCGCCGCAGUGCCCCCGGCCUCCGCUCUUCCGUCCGACCUCGAGAGGAACCAGCGGGAACGGAUGCGCGACGCGAAGCGAAGGGAGCGGGAAGGCUACCAGGGCCUUGUCUACCGCCUGGAGGCCAAGACGUCUGACCCUAUCGGCUCCGUCAAGCUGCUGAUCGAGCAGAAAGCGGGCAUCCGAGCGGAGAAGCAGCAGCUCUACUUCGAGAAGUAUCAGCAGCCGCUGGAGGACCACGAGUGCCUGGGGCACUACCUCGUCAAGGAUGGCGAUACGCUGUACCUGCUGCGCACGGAUGCCGACGACGAGGACUAUCACAUGAAAGGUAAAAAGGGAAAGGAGGAGAAGGGCGAGAAGUUAGGCGAAGUGGGAACAGAAACAGAGAAGAAAGAGCGAAAACGGAAGGAAAAGAAGAAGGAGCGAAGAAAGAAGAAGAGGGAGCGGGAGAAGGAGAAGAAGGAGGAGGAGCGGUUGGAGCGGGAGCGGGAGAAGAAGCGAUUGCUGCGAAGGGAACAGGCCAAACGGAUGGAGAUCGAGAUGCGGGAGCGGGAGAAGGAGAUCGAGAAGGAGGUGCUGCAGAUGAAGAUGAUGGAGAAGCAGAAGAAGAAGAUCAAGGGCCGCACCAAGCGGAAGCAGGACGCCAAGAAGCGGGACAAGGAGAAGAAGGAGAAGGAGCGGGAGCGACGGCAGAAGGAACUCCUCCGGCGCGAGAAGGAGCGACAAAUGAAGGCCACCGACCCACCGGCCAAGCCACCAUCAGCCGCCGCUGCUGCCGCUGCGAAGAGCCUCGCCGCCGCCGGGCAGCAGCCACAGGCGGCCGGCGCCGCCUGCGGGAAGCCCGCCGACGGCCUGGCGCAGCCCCGGGCGUUGAACGGCGCGGCAGCUGGCGGCGGGCUCCUGAACAGGGUCCCGUCGGCCAGGCGGCAGUCGUCGCCACCGGGGUCGAUGGGGUUCGUGUCCGAGGCCGGGGACUGUAUGCUGACCAAGGACGAGGAGGCCCUGCUGGCCGCCGCGGACGAGCGGGAGCUGACAGAGUCCGAGCACGAGUGGAUCCGCGAGAUGGAGAGCCGCGAGCGGCGCAAGCUGAUGUGGCUCGAGGGCGCCAAGAGCGAGGGCAAGCUGUCGGCGGCCGAGCACCAGCACCUCCAACACCUCCAGCAGCAGCUGCAGCGCGGCGCCGGACACCUCGGACACCACGCGCAUCCCCACGCGCACCUCCCGCAUCACCACCCGCACGCCUACCAUGCCAACAGCGCCGACCUCGACGACGACGACGACGAUGAAGACGACGAGGACGACGAGGAGGAAGAAGAUGACGAGGACGACGAUGACGACGAGGAAGAGGAGCGGGACUACGUCGGCGGCGGCAGCAUCACCAUCGACCCGGCCUCGCGAGCGCAUCGGUUCGUCGACGCGCGAACGCUCGAGCUCGAGGAGAAGCGGAAGGGCCUGGAGGAGGAGCAGCAGCGCAAGAUGCGAGAGAUCGAGAAGAAGCGGAAGGAGAUCGAGGAACGGAUACGCAUCGAAAUGGAGGAGCGGCGCAAGCGUGAGCUGCGGGAAAAGGAGGAAAAGGAGCGGGCCGAAGCGGCGGCGGCGGCGGCGGCGGCGGCGUUGGCGGCCCAGCAGGCCCAGCAGCGGCUGCAGCUCGAGGCCAAGGAGCGAGAGCGCAAGGAGCACGAACAGCGGGAGCGGGAGAACGCCGCCCGGAAGCAGGCCGAGCUCGUCGCCCAACAGCAGCAGGCGCAGAAGCUCAAGGAGCAGCAGCAAAAGGCGGCCAAGGAGAAGGCUGCAGCCGCCGCCGCCGCUGCUGCAGCGGCCAAGGAGAAGGCCGCCGCCACCGCGCAGCAGCCAGCGCAGGUCAAAGCCACUGCCGCUGCCGCAGAGCCUCAGAAGGAGAGCCCGGUCGUCGCUGCCAACGGGACGCCGCCUAAGCAGAAGGCCGCACAGCCGCAGCCGGCGAGCGAAGCGCAGCCGAAGGAGAAGAAGAAGGUGAAGGUGGACCAGAAGGACGACCUCAAGAAGAAGGAGCGCGAGGUGGCCGAGCUCAAGGAGGAGCUCAAGCGGAAGGAGAAGGAGGUGCAGAUGCUCGAGUCCAUGAAGAAGGAACUCGAGAUCGAGCGGGAGAAGGAGCGCGAGGUCAAGAAGGUCAACGGGGCCAGCCACAUCGACGGCGAUGGCGAGAUAUUCGAUGCCGUGAUAGACGUCGAUUUGGACUACAACGAUGUGACGCAGACGAUCGAGGCUCUCGCCUACUCGUCCUUCCUUCGAAUCAACAAGCGGGAAGGGAGAGAGGAGGGGGAUCAGGCCAUCGACUAUUCCCUGUUCUCGCCCGACUACGACUCGUUCUACUACUUUGGCCACUACAUGGUGGAGAAGAGCGGCGGCGAGAACGAGAAGGAGAGCGGCGAGGACGACAACCACCACCAGCGCCGGCGCCGGCACGGCAUCCUCGGUCCUGUCGUGGGCGACGACGACGACGAUAGCGACACGGACGAGGAGGGCAGCGAGGAGGACGAGGCCGAGCUCGACCGACGACGACGCAAGGCCGACGCCGCGGCGUCCAAGGCGACGAGCCCGCAGCAGCAGGUGUCGCCUCGGGUGGCGGUCCCUAGAUCGUCGGCACCAGACCAGCAUCCCUAUGCCCAGAUGCUGGCCCUGACGGCCGACAUCGACAGCGCGAAGCAGCGGCCCACGGCCGCCGCCGGUCGCAACGGCUAUCGGAACGUGUCGUCGUCAUCAACAACGGUCGACAGUGUAGUUGUCGACGCCCACAACGGCGGCCACCACGACGGCAGCGGCAGCGGCAGCGGCGAGGUGGGCAGCAGCGUCGAGCAGCAGGAGCGCAGCCUGUUCGCCGGCGACGAGUGGAGCAUCGUCGACCACGACGAGAACGACGACGAGGACAUGACGGAGCGGGGCUACCUCAUGAUCAUCGAGGAGCAGCGGCGUGCGCUCGAGCUGCUCAUGCACGAGCUGGCCGAGCAGAAGGGCUUCCGCGACGUCGGCUGGACCAACGCCUACGCCGGCGCAGGCACUGGCGUCGACGCCCAACUGCAGCAGCAGCAGCAGCAGCAGCAGCAGCGCGACGAGCACGCCAUGGCCGCGGCCCGCGCCGACGAGCACGCAAUUUUGAGGAGGGAGAACGAACGGCUCCGGAAAGAGAACAAGAAGCUGCGGCGGGAGAACGAGCGGAUGCUGGGCAAUCCGACCGAGCUGGGGAGCAUGUCGCUGCUCGAGCUGAAGGCGCUGGAGCGGCGAAUGAAGACCAGCUACGACUUCAUCUACGAUCAUCUCCUCCGGCGGAUGGAGGGCCAGAUGAAGAAGGCCGGUCUCGCCGCCCUGAAGGCAGCAGCGGCUGACUGCGCCCUUUGCCGGAGCAAGCGAGUGGAGAGCGUGUGCCUGCCGUGUGGACACAUCCCCUUCUGCAACGCCUGCUCGGGCCGUGUGACCAUUGGCAGCGAGUGUCCCAUGUGCAGCAAGCAGAUACGGCACAUCCACCGAGAGCAGCGUCCGGUCGUCCAAGUGGACGAAGCGACAACGCCAGCGCCAUCUGGAGCCCCUCACUCUGCUUGA